AUGUCCACCAUUCGCCAUGGUUUUGCAGACCAAAUGGCAGUGGACACUACGAUCCCUCGAAUCGCAUGUAUGGAAAAACUUGAGUCUGCUCUUGAGUUACGAACUAUGAGCCAUCACCAUGACGAGAUGUCAGUGCUCGGAAAUGAGCACAUCCCAGCGUCACAAAAGAUCCCGGUCAUCGCCCGGCCGUUCGUGAGCGAACGUGCCUUGAAAACUUUGGAUGUGUUGGAGAGGUUCGUCGAGGAGCGAUGCAUUCCGGCCGACAAGGUCCACGAGCGGCAGCUCGGCACGAACCUGGAGCAACGCUUCAGCACAGUUCCCCCCAUCAUCGAGCAACUCAAGCUCGAAGCACGCAAACUAGGCUUGUGGAACAUGUUCUUGCCCAAAGCUCAUUUCACCGAAGGCGCCGGAUUCAGCUGCCUUGAAUUUGGGCUCAUGGCGGAAUAUCUGGGCAAGAGUACCGUCGCCAGCGAAGCGACCAAUUGUGCUGCUCCAGACACAGGCAACAUGGAGGUCCUGGCAAAGUAUGGAACCCCUGAGCAGAAGCAACGGUGGCUGGCUCCGCUCUUGGAAGGUCAAAUUCGAUCCGCGUUCGUCAUGACAGAACCGGGCGUGGCGUCCAGUGAUGCCACGAAUAUCCGGUUCUCUAUUCGUCGGGAUGGAGAUUCUUAUGUGCUAAACGGAGAGAAAUGGUGGAGCAGUGGUGCUCCGGAUCCUCGAUCGUCUCUUUAUAUCCUCAUGGGCAAGUCGGACCCAAGCAACCCGAAUCCAUAUCGCCAACAGAGCAUCCUCCUCGUGCCCGCGAAUAGCCCGGGGAUUACGAUAAAGAGAACACUCUCGCUUCCGGUCAGCAGCGUCGUUCUGGGUGAGGGAAGGGGAUUUGAAGUCAUGCAAGGCAGACUUGGGCCUGGGCGCAUUCACCAUGCCAUGCGCGCCGUGGGAAAUGCCGAACGUGCUUUGGAGUACUUUGUGGCGCGGAUUUGCGAUCCCAAGAAAAAGCCAUUCCAGAAGCUUUUGUCUGAACAUGGCAUUAUGCUUGAACGGAUUGCACGCAGUCGGGUCGAGAUUGACGCCGCACGUCUGGCCGUGUUGAAUGCCGCCAUCAAGAUCGACACAGUCAAUGCCAAGGGGGCUCUUAAAGAGAUAUCAGAGGUAAAGAUUCAAACUCCUGCCAUGGUCUCGAGAGUCGCAGACUGGGCUAUCCAGUCGUUCGGAGCCGCUGGCGUGUGCCAGGACACGCCAUUGCCAGAGAUCUGGGUGGCGGGCGGGGUGAUGCGCAUUGCUCAGAAUGCUGUGGCCAGAGAGCUACUCGCACAGCAUGGCAUGAACGACGAGGACCACCUACAGCUGAACAGGUCAUCGGGUCAAUCCAAAUUGUGA